UGUAGGAGGGAAGGGGAGGAGACAGGAAGGAGAGGCUGGAGGAGGAGAGAAGGGAAGAGACUCACGGAGGAAGAGAGGAAAACACAGCAGGAUCUGGAGAGCGUCUUGUAUGGAAUAGGAAGCGGGAGCCCGCGGAGGAGAGAGCUGGAGCCGGGGCAGGGGGAGCGGAAGCAGCGCCAGACUCAGGAGGCUGAAGGACAAGCGCGGCGGGUGCAUGUGAUCAGCAUGAAUGAGUGACCAGGACUGAUUGUUCAUACCGGCAGUGUCCUGCUCCCACUCUCCCACUGCCCAGCCUGAAUCCCAUCCCACCACCCAUGUAACUCAUCUCCCAGAUCAGCUCUGUGCCCUGCGCCACAUUAUUCCUGUGGGUAGAGCCCUCCUUCAGCUCACUCCAACGAGUGCCCUCCUGCCUCUCUCCCAUCUGUCCCCUGUGCAGCCCCAUCUCAUCACAUUCCUUGUGUACAGACACCCUUCCAUUCAGCCUCCCUGCUGCACCACAUCACCCCCUCUCUCUCUCUCUUUCUCUCUGUCUCCAGCCUUGCUCACAUUCCCCACAUCACUCCCUUGGGUGCAGCCCCCUGUCCCAUUCACAUCAGUGUCCUGGCAGCUCUCCUGCCUCCAUCACAUCUCCAACACCCUCCAUCCUUAUUCAGAUCUGCCAGCCUGCUGCUAUCACUAACAUGUCCACCCCUUCCUCCUUUAUCACUAGCCAGCAGUUCUAGCUACUCUUCUGAAUUGUCACUUUGGUACUUCAUUCAGACAUUGUGCCCCCCUGCCGCGUGUGUGUGUCAUUUGCCCCCAAUUCUGCUCCUCUGCAUUCAUUUAGCUGCAUAUUGAUCUUUAUGCAUCACCCCAUACAUUAUGUUUUGCUUCUCCUGUAAGUGGGACCCUCUUUUCUAUUAAACAUUGGGCCAGGCUUCCAAGAUUACACGCCAUUUCCAUCACCCUAGUUCGUAUCCAUAAUCUGCUCAGUUCUAGUCUUGACAUAAUUCUGAAUGCCCUUUGCAAAUUACCAAAUUGUCUCUAACCUCCUGUUUCCCAGACUACACCUGGGGCUCUCUGACCUUUAAGGGCAGAAUCUUUCCUACCUUAUAUUAGCGCUUUAGUUGCCUUCUACCAGCCCCGUAUCUAUAUCUAUCUAUUUAUCUAUCUAUCCAUCUAUCGGCCAGAAUCAACACUAUAUCAUUGUAUAUCACCCCCACCUAUGUAUCAUUGCAACCUCCUGGCCUGACAUGUAAGGCUCCCCGAAUCUGGAAGGAUGAAUUACCAGCAGCAGCUGGCCAACUCUGCGGCCAUUCGAGCAGAGAUCCAACGUUUUGAAUCGGUGCACCCUAAUAUUUACUCCAUAUACGAGCUCCUGGAGCGGUUGGAUGAACCUGUCCUGCAGAACCAGAUCCGAGAACAUGUUAUAGCCAUAGAAGAUGCCUUUGUAAAUAGUCAGGAAUGGACACUAAGCCGAUCUGUGCCAGAACUCAAAGUGGGCAUUGUGGGAAACCUGGCCAGUGGAAAAUCGGCUCUAGUGCAUCGGUACCUAACUGGUACUUAUGUGCAAGAGGAGUCCCCUGAAGAUAUGGAUGCAGGUGGGAGGUUCAAGAAGGAAAUUGUAGUAGAUGGACAGAGCUAUCUUCUUCUGAUCAGGGAUGAAGGGGGACCCCCUGAAGCACAAUUUGCCAUGUGGGUGGAUGCGGUCAUCUUUGUCUUCAGCCUGGAAGAUGAGAUCAGCUUUCAGACAGUCUAUCACUACUACAGCCGCCUUGCCAACUACCGCAACACCAGUGAGAUCCCCAUGGUGCUGGUGGGCACUCAAGAUGCUAUCAGCGGCAGUAACCCUCGUGUAAUUGAUGACAGCCGGGCACGAAAGCUUUCCAACGACCUCAAGCGAUGCACUUAUUAUGAGACCUGCGCCACCUACGGGCUAAAUGUGGAGCGUGUUUUCCAGGACGUGGCCCAGAAGAUUGUAGCCACCCGUAAGAAGCAACAGCUCUCGAUUGGACCCUGCAAGUCCCUGCCAAACUCCCCCAGCCACACAUCUGUCUGUUCAACACAGGUUUCAGCUGUUCACAUUAGUCAGACCAGUAACGGUGGGGGCAGCCUAAGUGACUAUUCUUCAUCUGUCCCCUCUACACCGAGUACUAGUCAGAAGGAGCUGAGGAUCGAUGUGCCCCCAGCAGCCAGCACACCUACUCCUGUGCGCAAGCAGUCAAAGCGCCGUUCCAACCUCUUCACGUCUCGCAAAGGGAGCGACCCAGACAAAGAUAAGAAAGGUCUAGAGAGCAGAGCAGACAGCAUCGGCAGCGGGCGAGCAAUACCAAUUAAACAGGGUAUGCUACUGAAAAGAAGUGGAAAGUCCCUUAACAAAGAGUGGAAGAAGAAAUAUGUAACUUUAAGUGAUAACGGAGUUCUGACAUAUCAUCCCAGCUUACAUGAUUACAUGCAGAAUGUCCAUGGAAAAGAGAUUGACCUCCUUAGAACUACUGUGAAGGUUCCAGGGAAGAGGCCCCCUCGAGCUACAUCCUCUUGUGCACCAGUUGCCAGUCCUAAAACCAAUGGUCUGACCAAAGAGGUCAGCGGGCUUCAGAUCUCCCCUAACACAGGGAACGUGACAAGCAGUACAUCAGUCACUCAAAUGGCCAGUGGUCCAAGUGGGAUCAGUCUAGGCUCAUUCAGCCGCAUGGACGGGAUGCACCAGAGGUCAUACUCUGUGUCUAGUGCCGACCAGUGGAGCGAGGGAGCAGUCAUCACCAACUCAGCCAUCAGCAGUGACACUGGGCUAGGAGACUCUGUAUGUUCCAGUCCUAGCAUCUCCAGCACCACAAGCCCCAAGCUAGAUCCGCCACCCUCGCCACAUGCAAACCGCAAGAAGCACCGCCGGAAGAAAAGCACCAGUAAUUUUAAGGUUGACGGGUUAUCUAGUACUGCUGAAGCUAAACGUAAAGCAUGGAAACUAAACCGUGUUGGCAGCCUGCGAAAUGUUUACAGCAGCAACGCCAACACUGAAGAACAAGAGGAGAACUUUGAGUUUAUUAUCGUAUCUCUAACUAGUCAGAGCUGGCACUUUGAAGCAACAAGCUAUGAGGAGAGGGAUGCAUGGGUACAGGCCAUAGAGAGUCAGAUCUUGGCCAGUCUACAGUCCUGCGAAAGCAGCAAGAACAAGUCCCGUCUCACCAGCCAGAAUGAAGCUUUAGCACUGCAGUCAAUCCGAAAUCUGCCAGGAAACUCACACUGUGUGGACUGUGAUGCACAAAGCCCAGACUGGGCCAGUCUGAACCUGGGUGCCCUUAUGUGCAUUGAAUGUUCUGGGAUCCACCGUAACCUUGGUACUCACCUUUCCCGUGUCCGUUCCCUGGACCUGGACGACUGGCCUCCAGAACUCAUUAAAGUGAUGUCAGCCAUCGGAAAUGAGCUGGCCAACAGUGUGUGGGAAGGAAGCAGCCAAGGGCAUGUGAAGCCAUGCUCGGAGAGCCCAAGAGAAGAGAAGGAACGCUGGAUACGUGCAAAGUAUGAGCAAAGGCUUUUUCUGUCACCACUACCCUGCCGGGAUUUACCUCUGGGACAGCAGCUUCUGAGGGCCACAGCAGAGGAGGAUUUGAGAGCUGUGAUUUUGCUUCUUGCCCAUGGUUCCAGGGAGGAGGUUAAUGAGACCUGCGGGGAGGGAGACAGGCGCACAUCCCUGCACCUGGCCUGUCGCAAGGGAAAUGUGGUACUCGUACAACUGCUCAUAUGGUACGGUGUUGAUGUGAUGGCCAGGGACUUCCAUGGAAACACAGCACUGGCAUAUGCCAAACAAGCAGUAACGUCUGAGGUGCGGGAGUUGCUUUUGCAAUAUGGUUGUCCUGAUGAACAAUUUGUGCUCAUGGCCACGCCAAACCUGUCUCGGAAAAACAACCGCAACAACAACAGCAAUGCAGGGGGCAGUGGCCUGAUGCCCACCUUAAUCUGACAAGCCCCUGGUGGCGCAAACAGACUCCAGCACCGCUCAUCCCUCACAGCGCAGGGGGAGGAGUCAGGAAAGAGAUAUGGGUGGAGCUAAGGCACAAAGCACCAAGUGCAGGAGAGCCCGUGUCUUCACAACCAUUUGGGAGGGAGGAAGAAAAGAGGGAGAGGAUGGUAGACAGAGAGCUGUCAGUUAUCUGCACAUUUCACCUCUACCCCAGCAGAACACUUAGGCUCUGCUCUCAUCUGACAAGGACUGCUCCACAUAAAUCACAUGCAGGCACUGAGUUUGUCAGGUUUGAGGCUCCAAUGAUGCUAUGUGUCAAAUCACUUGGAGCUAAUCUGUCCUCAGAGAAUGCUGGCUUCAUUACACUUGUAUAGUUGAGUUCCCUCAGCCUGUACUGCUGUUUAAUAGGACAUGAUUACUCAUCAUGUAGAAGGGAGCAUAUUAGCUGAGGAGGAAGCUCUCUCCACGCUCCGCUGAUUACAGGGAUGUGAUUGCAAUAUUCUUACAAGAAUCAUAUUAGCAGAGACAUUCUGUGUCCCAUCUUCAGACUUCUUGUCAUAAUCCCGCAGCGCUGCAAAGUGCCAGUUUCACUGAAACCACCCCUAAAAAAAAAAAAAUAUAUAGAUUUAUUUUAUGUUAUAAGUGGAUUUUUAGAAGGGGUAGAAGAACCGGAUUUUAUCUCUUAUCUGGCAACAUUCUGCAUUGUGAUGUUUUAGUCAUAUUCUUUUAAAGGCCAUUCCCAGUUUUAGACAAGGAGGUUAAGAAAAGUCAAUUGUCGUCCUCCUUUCUGUCAUACGGCUUGUGUAGCAUACCCUACACAUCAUCUGGAGCGCAGCAGGCAAAGCUGUUUGCUACAAUGCUGUUGGCAGUGCAGAGGAAGUGGUUACAUGGUUGAGUGCUUUUAUUUAUGUUUUCCCCUUCCUGCUAUACAAAUACGUAGAGCUAAUUAGGAGCCUAUACAGGGCAAUGGAAUUGCAGCAUAUGCGGAGAGGCCUAUAGAGAGAAAUCUAUAUUGGCAUGCAGUGCAGCAGAGUGGCUAUUAUUUUACACUACUGGAAUUUAAUCCACAAAUACCGUAAGUACUCAUGAAUGAGCAGAACUGUCCCUUUGAAUAUGCUGCCCAUGGUACAUUUCUAUACGAGCAUUGCCUAUGGAUUUACUCAGCAGUGCUUGUUAUAUGCCUGUUUGCAUCACAGUGCAGUUUACAUUAGCAGUCAGGACCAGCUUUGACAUACACCAAAAGGCAGUUUGUCUCUGGCUCUUAGUAUCGGAGUAGGCCCUAAAAAAUAUAGGCAAACGUGCAAAGGACAUAUAUUAUGUAUAACAAUUGUUAAAUAUCUUUAUUAUAUAUUUCCAAAUGUUAGAUAUCUUAUUAUAUAUUUCAGGGAUGUCAAACCUGCAGCCAUGCAACUCCCCCCAUUCCCCUGGUGGACAGGCUUAGAUUGGGCAUUCUUAGUUUAUGCAGUUUCUUCUGCCUCAGGUAAGGGCCCUAAAUUGCAUUGCCAGUGGCCCCUUCUAUACAAAUUCCAGUCCUGUAUGUAUAUUGGUGUGUAUAUUACUAAACAAAGCAUGAAUAUUAGAGUAGAGUAAUGUAGUUUAUAAAGUAUUGUAUAUUCAUGGGUUGGGCAUUAUAACAGUCAAAAACAUAUUCAUGUACAAUGUCAUGUAUAUUUAAAUACAGCACUGUACUAUAUAAAACGGUCAGUGUGUGCUUUCUAUCAAGGAGUAUAUACAGCUAUAUGGAAACAAAUUAUUAUUAUUAUCCAGUCUGGGAUAGGGCAUUGGCUUUCUCUAUCAGAACCUCUCUGAUUCCUUGCUUCAUUUUUUCUCCUUGUGAGUUGCAUGGCUGCUUUAGGAAUUUAAAUGGGAGUUGUGAACUAUGUGCAGGAUUGGGAGAGUAGGCCUGUCGUGCUUAGCUUUUUAAUUCUGGUUGUCAGGAAAGUGUAGACGCCUAUUUGGAGACUCCCUUUUUGGAAGUUUGGGUUGAAAUUGAAAAGCACUCACCCAUUUAACAACUACAGGCUUGUAUUUGUAUGAAAAUGUAUAUACCAACUCUGUCACUGACUCCAAAAAAGAAUGUUUGUGGCGUUUGCUCUUGCCAUGGUAUUUAUCGAUAUGUCACAGUGCAGUUUGGAACCACGUUAAGAAAAUUUCCAAGAGUCCUUCUGCUCAUGUAUAGCUGCCUGGCUACAGGUGAGUGAAGCUGAGAGAUCCAUCUGCUCUUAGUUUAUCCACAUGGUAGCAACUGACUGAUUCCCUUGGCUGGCUAAUGUUCAGCACUCCCUAUCUGCAGAGCGGAGUAGAGUUAAUUGCUCUGCAUAGAAAUAGAUUUAACCCUUUGUUAUGCACACUAACCUUGUGAGAUUGUUGUUUUGUGAGUGAAGUUUUUUUCCCCUUGUCUAGAGGAGCAGAAGAGAAAAUUAGACUUAUAAUUCCCUGCAAAAUUGAAAUAUUUUGGCAGGGCCAUUGGACAACGAUAGAGGCAGAUACAUUAAUUGUUCAUUCCACAAAUCAUGUGACCACUUAAUUCUCAUUAAGCACUGGAGCAGUGUGACAGAGAGCAAACAGUAGGGCUGUGUUCAAAUCAUUCAUUGGUCCAUCUACAACACUGGGAGGCGUGCAGGGAAAAUGCCGUUUAAAAGGGUCCUUAAGAAGAGCAGUGGAUGACAUUUUUACGGCUGGUUACCUAACUUUGAAAGGGACUUAUUAUAACCUCAUUUAAUUUCUUAAAUUCCCCUGCUCCACUUUGCACAACUACAAGAAAGCACUUCUGGGCAUAGAGGAAACAUUGUUUGAGAACAGACAUCAGCAGGUGAUGAUGUCUCAAAAAAAAAAAAGAGAAGAAGCAACCUAGAUAUGUGGCUAUAGCAUUACUACCAUGAGAGUGAACAGUGCAAGCUGUACAAUAUAGAGUAUCUGUAACAGACCUGGGAAUGUAAUCUCCAACAAAGAAGAGGUCCACCUGCCACAGAAAUUCCGACAUUUCAGCAACCUCUUGGCCAUGCAACAGCUUCACGUUUUUGUAUCUCCCUUCCUUAAAGUGAUACUUGACUCUCAGGCAGGACAAAUUGACAGCAUGUGCUCACACAGGGAACAGCAAGACAACACUACAUUGAUCAGAGUUCUGGAGCAGCUAUUUAGGGACAAAAAGAAGGAAAAACGUUUUUUUCCAAAAUCUUAAAUUGCUUUUCCAUUCCUCUAACCGGACUGCAACCCUGACAUCCCAAAAUCCCAUCCCUAGUACUGCGUGGAGAAUAAGCCCUUUUAUUGCUAUACAGUCUGGAGGUUCCAGUCUUGUAAAAGGGAAAUUGUAUUCUGGUUUAGGAAGAGUAUGUGAUGUAUGCAAUGCAUUGUUAGCACCUCUAAUAGAGUAGUGGGGACUCCGUGGACUCAAGCUCUAGAACAGUGCUCUCCAGUUCACAGCCAAGAAACUGCUGUGAACUCCAUCUAUCAGUGUGCACCUCUGCAGUUCAAGGAGGUGGAGAGUUGUAGUUCAGAGCAGCUGGAGUUCCCUGCCUUAGAGCAUCCAUCCCACAUGUACACAGGGGGGCACCUUUUAUUUAAUUUUCUAUCCCUUACGACCAGUUGUGGAGCCAGUCUCUGGCCCGUGCCGAUGAGUAGAGUGUAUCUUAUUUUCUAUCACUGCUCAGCUUCACCUUUAGGACUAGGUGAAAUGAGCUGAGCAAUUGUUUUUAUUUUUCGGUGUCUCUUGAUUAUGUUGUCUAAGUUAUACAGAAUUCUUUUUGUAUCGUGUCUUAUUAGAGGAUGCAAAAUGUAUGUAAAAUAAAAACCAAGAAAAACAAACUAUUUGAAUAGAAACAAAA